AUGAGAACGUGGGGCAGAGUGACAUCAUCUACUCGAGCUAAAUUCAUGAGCCGGGUAAGUCAGCUCGGGAAAAUAAAGAAGCUCCGCUUCAGACGAGCUGAUAGCCCGUAUCGAAUCAUCAAGUUCCAUGACAAGAGGAGCAAAACCAUACCUUUCUCGGCCUUUUGGCUAAGAUCAAGUGUAGUAUAUGUUCUUAUCAGUUUAAUAUCUGAUACGAGGGUCAUCGACCCUCACGAUAUUAAUCAUAUUUCUUUCACGGGUGCGAGUCCAAUGGAGUAG